UCCAGAGAUAAAGCUGAAAAGGUUUGGGCAUAUUCUCCAGAAAAGGCCUCUAUGAAUGAUACUUGGAAAAAGUUCUCUCGAAUAUUUCCGAGGACAUUCAUUUGUGUGUGCAGGCAUUACAAGGUGCUAAUAAGUAGCCAUCUGUUUAGUUGUCAUAGGUGUUAGUUGAGUUGGACCUGACAUUGGUACAUUCAUUCCCUCCUCUUCUUCCCUCCUCCUACUGUAGAGGUGAGCAACCUCAGAAGGUAACCAUUCGUCCUAUUCUGAUGUAUGAGCACCACCACUUCUUGUCAGUAUUUGAGAGAGUCUUACUGGACAUGGGCUGGUCACAGCUGGAAAUUUGCUGAAGGGGGUAGGGGUUACUGCCCGGAAGAUAGUCUUGGAUUCAGCUUUCCUUUUAGACUUUGACCGUAUUUGCUGUGAUGUCAUCUGCCAAUAUUGGCAUAGUCCUGGUAGACAAAUCUUUCUCAAUAGGGUGGGAAGUGGGGGUGGUGCUGUUACCAGUUUUAUAUAAGUUCAACCUCGUGCCCAGCGUUGUCCUGUGUGGCCUUUGCAGCUCAGCAUGGCUGGGACAGCAGUGGCACUAAAUAUCCUGGUGUUGCUGGGCCUGUGCGGGUCCCUGGCUGUUGCCAACCCUCUUCCUACUGCCCACGGGAGAGUUGCCGAAGGUGAAAAUGGGACCAAGCCAGACUCGGUGAUCGAACACUGCUCGGAUACCUGGAGCUUUGAUGCUACCACCAUGGAUCACAAUGGGACCAUGCUGUUCUUUAAAGGGGAGUUUGUGUGGAGGGGUCACUCAGGGACCCGGGAGUUAAUCUCAGAGAGGUGGAAGAAUUCCAUCACCUCAGUGGAUGCUGCAUUCCGUGGUCCUGACAGUGUCUUCCUGAUCAAGGAAGACAAAGUCUGGAUUUAUCCUCCUGAAAAGAAGGAAAAUGGGUAUCCAAAGUUGUUCCAAGAAGAGUUUCCUGGAAUCCCAUACCCACCGGACGCAGCUGUGGAGUGUCACCGUGGAGAAUGUCAGAGUGAAGGUGUCCUCUUCUUCCAAGGUAACCGCAAGUGGUUCUGGGACUUUGCCACAAGAACCCAAAAGGAACGUUCCUGGCCAGCUGUGGGAAACUGCACUGCAGCCUUGAGGUGGCUUGAACGCUACUACUGCUUCCAGGGUAACAAGUUCCUGCGAUUCAACCCUGUCACAGGAGAGGUGCCUCCCAGAUACCCUCUGGAUGCCCGUGACUACUUCAUAUCCUGCCCUGGCAGAGGCCAUGGCAGACACAGAAAUGGAACUGCUCGUGGGAAUAGCACUCAUCCUAUGCAUUCACGCUGUAGCCCAGAUCCUGGCCUGUCUGCACUGCUGUCUGACCAUCGCGGUGCCACCUACGCCUUCACUGGCUCUCACUACUGGCGCCUGGACUCCAGCCGUGAUGGAUGGCAUAGCUGGCCCAUUGCUCAUCACUGGCCUCAGGGUCCUUCAACAGUAGAUGCUGCCUUUUCCUGGGAUGACAAAGUCUAUCUGAUCCAGGGCACACAGGUAUAUGUCUUCCUCACGAAGGGAGGCAAUAACCUAGUAAGUGGUUAUCCAAAGCGGCUGGAGAAGGAACUUGGGAGCCCUCCCGGGAUCAGCCUUGAGACCGUAGACGCAACCUUUUCCUGCCCCGGCUCUUCCAGGCUCUAUGUCACAUCAGGACGGCGGCUUUGGUGGCUGGACCUGAAGUUAGGAGCCCAGGCGAUCUGGGCAGAGCUCUCCUGGCCCCAUGAGAAAGUCGAUGGGGCCCUGUGUUUGGACACGUCCCUUGGCCCCAAUGCAUGUUCUUCCAAUGGUCCCAGCUUGUACCUUAUCCACGGGCCCCAUUUGUACUGCUAUAGCAGUAUAGACAAACUGAAUGCAGCCAAGACUCUGCCUCAGCCCCAGAAAGUGAACAGCAUCCUUGGCUGCAGUCAAUAAAAAAUCCUGAUGGGAAUGAGCCCAGCCCCGCCCCGCCCCGCCCACCUCUCCAUUUUCAUCUUAAUAAAGCCAGAUGGU